ACCUCGCCGAGCAGCCACAGUGAGCUCUAGAAGGAGGAGGAGUGCCGAUGGUUGCAGAGUCUUCAGGGGAGAAAAUAAAAAUAAUGUAUCAGAUCACCGGAACGGACAUAGCAAAGAGAUACGGAAGUCCUCCUCAAACGCAGUUUUUACUAGUGUAGUGAGCCAGUGCAGAUGUGGAAAAACAACCUACCGUGCUAAGAAUGUACAUUUUAUUCUGCAAUCACUACUUUAACACAGCGUGCGUGACUUUUGUGAAUAGCCACUACCCAAAUGUAGAGUGGCCGUAAAGUAAGUCUCUCUUUACGUCAUCAUCCCAUUGACUUGUUGGGGAGUAAUGGAGCCGCCGAUCGUGUUGUUUGUCCAUCCGGAUCUGGGAAUCGGAGGGGCCGAGAGGCUGGUCGUGGACGCGGCAUUGGCGCUGAAAUCUCGUGGCUGUGAUGUUCGGAUGUGGACAGCCCAUUACGACUUAAAACAUUGCUUUUCAGAGACUAAGGAUUCGGGCAUUCCGAUUCGAUGCUGCGGAGAUUGGCUUCCCAGGAGCCUGAUGGGCAGGUGCCAUGCCCUAUGUGCUUAUAUCCGAAUGAUCUUCCUAGCUUUGUACAUAGUGUUCCUUAGUGGGGAGACAUUCGAUGUGGUGUUUUGUGACCAGGUAUCGGCUUGCAUUCCUUUCUUCAAAUGGACUAGAAAACCAAAGAAAAUCUUGUUUUAUUGCCAUUUUCCAGAUCAGCUGCUCACACAGAGGAUAUCCGCACUUAAAAGGAUCUACAGAACACCAAUUGAUUGGCUAGAAGAGAAAACAACCGGCAUGGCAGACUGUAUUCUUGUAAACAGUCAUUUCACAGCUAAUGUUUUCAAGCAAACAUUUGCUUCUUUGUCUCACAGAGAAAUAUAUGUUCUCUAUCCAUCACUAAAUAUCAGCAAAUUUGAAUGCAAUGUUUUUGAAGAUUUGAGCAACAUUGUUCCUAUGAAAAGAAAACAUGUUUUUCUGUCUGUAAACCGAUAUGAAAGAAAGAAAAAUCUAGAUCUUGCACUUAAAGCCUUUUGUGAUCUUCGUGAUAGACUUAAUAUGUUGGAAUGGGAAAAAGUUCAUCUCAUAAUAGCUGGAGGAUAUGAUGAAAGAGUCAAAGAGAAUGUUGAGCAUUUUCAGGAACUACAUGAUCUUACUGCUCAAUUAGGUAUAGGUGAUCAUGUAACAUUCUUAAGAUCUUUUUCUGAUGAGCAAAAACUUAACCUCCUCUAUAAUUGUAUAUGUGUACUGUACACACCAAGUAAUGAGCAUUUUGGAAUCGUUCCCAUAGAGGCUAUGUACAUGCGAAGCCCGGUAAUAGCUGUUAAUUCUGGUGGUCCAUUAGAAUCUGUUGUGAAUAAUGUUACAGGUUAUCUUUGUCAGCCUCAACCACAUGAAUUCUGUGAUGCCAUGGAAAGAUUUGUGAAAAACCCAAGUCUUAAAAUUACAAUGGGAAAAGCAGGACAUGCAAGAGUUCUAGAAACCUUUUCUUUUGAAGCAUUUUCAACUCAGAUUUAUCACCACAUAUGCAAGUUAACACAAUGUAAAUAAUGUUUAUUGAAAAAAGCAAGAUAUGUAAAAUUCUGACAGGUGUAAUGACAUGUUAGCAGCUGAUGGUACAUAGAUAAUUUUUUUGGACAAAUACAUAGAGUAAAAUUUUUGCAAAUGUGCAUUUUCACAACACAUGUGAUAUUUGUUAAAUGUCUCUAUAUUAAAUGAGUUAAAUGUGACUUUAUUCCUGACCAUUCACCAGUAAAUUAAAUAAAUUAACCACAUUAGGUUUAAUUCAUAUUAAGAUUGAUUAACAAAUAUAUAUAUUCCUGAAGAUUUGGUCCUUCUUAUUGAUCCAGCUUCUCUUCUGUGAUCUAUGACCAUCAAGAUUAUUUACUAAAGUGCAACUUGUUGGGAAUUCAGAGUGAUUUUUUUACCAAAAAGGUCUAUGCGUUCAUUUGGCCUAAAAUGUAAAAUUAGUUAGAAUUUUUGAUGCUUCUUACAAUAAAUAAUUUGAACGCUGUAGAUA